AUCAACCACCACGGAAGUCUGGAUUGGAGAAGGCAAAAGCAAAAUGGCGACUUGGAUAACGUUACAGCCUCCAAAUUCAUCUUAUUUACGGCUUAUGCCAUCAUCACCGUCGCCGGAUUUAUCCCCGGCGCGUCGACGUCACUGUUAUCUCUUUAAGCAGUUUCGAUGCGUUCCACUUCAGCAACAAGAGCGCCAGCUCGAGCAGUCGCAGGGAGACGAUGAAGCUUUGAUUCUGUGUGAGGACUGUAACGGGAAAGGAUGGUUGCUCUGCGAUUUCUGCAAAGGACAGAAAACAAAUGUUAAAUCUGAGAACAAGAGAAUUUACCGUCGAUGUCCAACUUGCAGAGCUGUGGGAUAUGUGUUGUGUAGAAAGUGUAAAGUGUUCAAGUGUGUUACAUUUCCUAAUGCAGAAGACGGCGAGGAACUUUUGUUCUAAGCUCAAUGACACAAAGUAAUGUUUCAGGUUUUCUUCCUUUUCCUCAUUGUUAUAUAUGUAACUGUUGUCUUACUCGUCGAUUUAGCCAUAUGUAUUAGCACAUUUGUAACAUUUAUCAGAUUAGUGAUUGCAUUGGCUUCUUCACUGACCUCUAUGUUCAUGUGUGAACCUUUCCUGGUUUUUUUUUCUGCAA